AGUCCGUUGGGAACGUUCUUAUCUCUAUGGUUUGCGACGGCGUUGUGGCUGUGACGUCAUCCGGAAGCGUUCGCUAGACCGGCUUGGUUCAGCCCACUGAGGGCAGCGCGUUCUUUUCGGCAAGCAGGCGAUGUUCUGUGGUAGAUCAUGGCUCCCGCCACUGCUGCCUCCGCUGUGCAGCCUCCAGAGAUUCAGUUCGCUCAGAGACUGGCUGCGAACGAGAAACGGAUUCGAGAUCGGGCACUGAAAAAGCUGCGCGGCUACAUCACUCUCAGGACUCAAAGUGUGGCGAGUAGCUUUAGUCAAGAAGAACUACUAAAAAUAUGGAAAGGAUUAUUUUACUGUAUGUGGAUGCAGGAUAAGCCCCUGCUGCAGGAGGAGUUAUCAAACAAUAUAUCGCAACUUAUCCACGUAAUUGAGAAUAUGGAUGCUCGACACUUGUUCAUUCAGACUUUCUGGCAAACCAUGAGCCGUGAGUGGAACGGAAUAGACAGAUUGCGCUUAGAUAAAUUUUACAUGUUGAUGCGCAUGGUGCUGAGGCAGUCCUUUGAAGUACUGAAAAGAAAUGGAUGGAAUGAAAGUUUUACUGAGCCAUUUCUGAACAUGCUGAUGAAGGAGGUUCUUCACCCAGACAGCAAAGCUCCCAAUGGGAUAAAAUUGCAUUUUAUUGACAUCUUUCUGGAAGAAUUGGCUAAAGUUGGGGCUAAAGAGCUCACAGCAGACCAGAAUCUCAAGUUUAUUGAACCAUUCUGCAAAAUUGGUGGCAAGACCCCAGAUCAUUUUUUACUGCAAGCCAUAAUCCAUGGUAUCUUUGAAACCAUUGUGGAUCAGUCCCCAUUUGCUAUAGAAGACUUAAUGAAAGAAAUGAAAGCAGGCAGCGAUAAUGGCUUAUCUGAAGAAGAUGAAUGGAAUGAUGACGAGAAUAAGCCAAUAGUCAAAGACAAGGGUUUGCCAAGCAAAUUUUCACUAGGUUUGGAAGACCCAGACAACCUUUUAGAAGGUGCAGAUGAUAACAUUGGACCUGUCCUCCAGUUUGAUUAUAAAGCUGUUGGCGACACUCUCUUUGAAUUGGCCAGCAGAAAAAAUACACCUGCUUUUAACAGAAAGCACCUCUACAAAGUGGUUAAGAAGUUCCAUGACCUUGCAGAAGGGACCUUUCCACAAGAUGAUUUUCCUGAAGACGUUUCUACAGAUGAAGAUGACGAUACCUUCAGCAGGAGGAAGUGGAAAAGAAAAUCUGGCAAACCCGUGCAUGAACCUAAGCUAGAAAAAGAAGAGUGUACUGGAAACAGAAAAAAUGGCACUGAGGAAGAGGAGGGCAACCGAAGGCCACAGAAGAAAAGGAAGAAGCAAAAGAGGAAGUCCAGUCAGAUGGUUGACUCUGGCACUGCUGCUGAACUUAAUGAGAAGGGACUAGUCCAUGAAGAAGGAUCCAAAGAAUCAAACCAGGACUGUGAAUCAUUAAACAGUAAGAAAAGACCAAAGAAGUCUUUAAGUACAGAGGCCAAUGAAAUUGGUUCUUCGUCAACACCCAGUGGAGGACCUGGUGGCAAUUUUGCGCUGAAGACGUUGACGUGCUUGGUAAACAGUAUAAAGAAACAACCAAAGAAGAAAAAAGGCAGUCUACAGAAUACUGCUAUAGAAACUAUCCGUCAGAAUGGACAGGCUAAUAUUAGUACCGAGGAGGAUCCCAGCCACUGUGUUACAAUAGGCCGUGAUAGUAAAGGGAUUAAGAAGAAACGGAAAGCAGAACCUGUAAUGAUCUCCGGGAGCGUUUUUUGCGCAGAGGCUGUUGAGCAGCCCAAGAAGGAAAGCCUUGCAGAAUCAGAAUGCAUAGUGCUCCAAAAAGUUAAAUUGAAGAAAAAACAAAAGUUGGGGGAUUUGGUUAAGAUUAGGGGUUCCAAGCAAAAAAUGAUCAACUUGAAAAAGAAAAAGAAAAUCAAGAAAGUCCUCAAUUCUGUAGAAGAAAAUGAAACUCAAGUUGAAAACAAGAAGAGCAACAACAAUGAAACUGGUGGUGCUGCCGUGCUGCUAAGGAAUAAGAAGGCCAAGAUCGGGAAUGACUUCGUGAAGUUUGAAAAGACAACUCUGCCGAAGCCAGCGUUCUUUAGAAAAGCGAAAGGAAGCAUUACCGCCCUGCAGUUAAGCAAGCUACAAUCUUCCAACUCCAAAAAGGUCACCUUUGGACUGAAUAAGAACAUGACUGCUGGUGAGUUCACACUGACUGCAAGCCUUGUUGCUCCCCUGAAACCAGAAUUUAAGACAACAGAUAAAAGCAUCCUAGUCAGCCCAGAGGGAGCCUCCCGGGUGGCUUUCAACCCUGAGCAGAAACCAUCCCAUGGGGUGCUGAAGUCCCCUUCCACCUCUUCUGCAGAAAUAACGCCUCAAAUCAAGAAACCCUUUUCAAUGCCAACCAAGAAAAGACCAACUGCUAUGGACUUCUUCUAAGCCAAUACAGAGAGUAGUUUUUGUACAGAAUAUUUCAGUAACCAAUUGUUCCCAAAAUCCCUCCAGAAAUCUUCUUUUUCAAGUUAAUCAGAUAGUAUAUACAGGGUUCUGAUUGUGUGAUCUGUGACUCUGUUAACUGUAAUAAGCACCUCUUUGGCUGUACAUUGAAGUGGCUUUGCAUAUUGUUAACAAAAGAAAGAUAAUAUAAAUGACAUAUGACCUUAGGGUUCCAACUAUGGAGGCCCAUCUUUUCUUUUCAAAAUAGCCCUAUCACAAAUUUUGUAAGUUUGUAAAGAUUUGUUCUAAACCAUUGCUGCUUGCGCUCUGUUAAGCAUUUGUUGUUGAAUUUUGUUUUUGUGUUUCUGAUGAAGAAUUUUCAACAUUUAUAGGUUUAAUUCCACGGAGCUAAGAAGUACACAAUCCCUCUCACAUAAUUCCUGUUCUUUAUUUUUUUCCUUACAAGCCAGUUCCUUUUUAUCUUCCUACCAAGGGGUUUAGAAUAGACUAGAAUGUCUGUGUUGAGGUGAACUCCUUCUGUAGAAAAAGGCUUGAACCUCAAUUGGGUAGCCACUUGCUAAAACACAUCUCAUUGACCCAAGUAUUCCAGUUGACAUAUACUUCCUGAGCACUUGAAAUAGUACUGUUGCCUACUUCCGGUUAGCUUCUUUUUAUGUAAGAAGGUGUAGUGUCUGUAUUUCUGGUAAAUGUUUGCAUUUUUCUAAUGUUCUUACCCCAAAAUCUUGGAUAGAGACAAGGUCAAGUCAUUCUCCCUUCAUUAAAAGGAGCUGGAUUAGUGUGGCCUUUUAUCUAUUUCUGAAAGCCUUAAUGCCUUUUGACACAGGGUAAAGAUGAUUUUGAAAGUAAAGUAUCUUUGAAAGUAAGGCCACACUUUUAAUCUGCAAUGUAAAUAAGAUUUAAUAAUAUUCAGUAUACAGUAUGCUAUGAUGGUGCCUUUCAUUUUCCUUUGGAUCCAGUACAGAACAGUUUCUUUUUUGUACCAGAUAAUUUAUUUACUUAGGAUGUUAGAUUCUCAGUCCCUUAUUUCUUAAAUGCAGCAUAGCAUGAAGACACAAUCCAGGAAACACUGCUGUCAGACACUGGGUCAUGUAGGUGACUUUUUAUUUUGACCAAGAGAUCUUGGUGGUAUAUUUGUCUGUCUGUUUAUUUCUCUCCUUUGUACUCCAGCUUCGGAAUAAAUAGUUCUUCUGGACAGUCAAUUCAGUUAGUGUUUCUCCAGAGUGAUCAUAAAAUUGCAAACUAACAA